CGAGCGGUUUGCAUUGCGAUUGCUGUGUCGGUUGUUAAAUCCACUUCAUACAUCGCUGUUGCGCAUGCGCAUGCCACCAUCGGAAUCGGUGGAAAAAUAGGCCUUCUUUGGGUUUUUUUUGACUGCGAGGACAUAACGAUUGGUCAAGUGACUUCUAUGUAAGGCGUGUGAGCGAUUGAAUUAUUUAGAAACGUUGGGCGACGCCUUCAACUUUUGACACGCAGCCCCAGACAGCCAAACCCCUGACCCAUAAACCCUAUCCUUUGGUAAAUAGCAGUGCUAUAGACCAGCGCGAACUGCUCCAGCUGAUUGAUUAAAGAAUAACAACAGUGGAAUCCCUCUCCUUCCCACUGCGAACAGUUGGUUGGACACGUGGCCAGUGUUUUUGGGAAGCGGCUCAGUCCAGCCGGCGAUGCCUUAGUGGCAGCUCCUCCAGAUUGAAGCACACCACCACGCCAAGAUGCCCUAUAACCUCUGGCUGCGCCGGCGCCUCCAGCUCCUGGCCUCACUCCUCUUCUGCGGCCUGUUGGGGUAUUUGACCUCGGAGGCAGUGGCCAAGCCUACGUUAUCCUUCAGCUUGCCGCAAGGUCUGCAGGGAUUCCCCUCGUUCCAGUCCUUCACCCAGCAGAUCAUCGAGCAGCGCAGUGUGCGCCAGAUGAAGACGUACAGCGGAAAGCGGGUGAGCAACGACUCCCUCAUUAUGAUAUACUAUCACGAUCUGACCAUAGCCGUAACGGAGCUGGGACCCCAGAAGCUGCUACUCGGCUGUGAGCUGAUCGAAAUCUACAACGAUAAGGAGGGCAAGAUGCUGUUGGAUGGUCUGUCGCACUAUAAUCGCCCCCUGGAAAUAAAAUUCGACGAAAUGCUCAAGCUGAUGGACCAGUGUGAGCAUGUCGAUAAGCUGAGCUACGCCUCUCGGUACAAAUCCAAGUUGGAGAGCGCUGAGCGGAGCAGUGGCGGCGGAGGAGGCGACUCAUCCUCGACGGGUGGAGCCAAUGAUGGAGUCGCCCUUAAACUGGCCACCAAUAUCUUUCCGCGCAGUCCCUUCUCCCUGCUGAGUGGCAUUAUACCAGGCACAAAAUGGUGUGGCACUGGCGAUAUCGCAGAGACAUACAGCGAUCUGGGCAGCGAAAUGGCCAUGGAUAGAUGCUGUCGCCAACAUGAUCUAUGUCCUAUCAAGAUCCGAGCCUAUCAGAACAAAUACGAACUGAUGAAUGAUUCUUUGUACACAAAAUCCCACUGCAUCUGCGACGACAUGCUGUUCUCCUGCCUGAAGAUGACCAACACCUCGGCCUCGCAGCUGAUGGGCUCCAUCUACUUCAACCUGGUGCAGGUGCCCUGCUUGGACGGGCGGAGCAACCAGUACAAGUUCCGGGCGGCCAAGGAGGGAUUCUAAGUAGGGGAGCCAGAAACUGGGGGUUUUGAAGCUCGUUUCACUGUACAGGAGGUGGGGACCAGAGAGAGAGAGAGAUGGAGAGGGAGUCGCUCUAUUUAUUGUUUUACAAAUGAUGACGCCCGCUUUUUAUUUUUCCAAUAUUCUGUUGGGUUUACAGUUUACAAUUAGCGUUAACGUUAUCUAGGAUAAGUAUAAUGUAGAAUUGCAAUCUUUGUUAUACAAAUACAAAUACGAAUAUAAAUAUA